UACAUAUAUAUACAUAUACAUUUCAACCCGCUAACCCCCUUACGCACUCCCUCCUCGAUACCAGCCUCUGUUAAUUUCGUUCGGGAGCUCCGCAACGCCAUGGCAAACUGGGCCAAGGUGAGCGGCCCCAAUGGCCAUACCGGCCCUGCCGGCGCCGGUAUUGUCCCCAACGGCAAUCGCACCCGUUCCUAUCAUGUAGACGAAGACGAUGAGAACACGCCACUCAUCCUACGCCCGGGUUCCUCCCCGGCCACGCCGGCCUGGAGGCGCUUCCUCUGGGACUGUCACCGUACCCCCGGUGACGACAGCUCCAACAUCUUUAUCAAGGCGUCAGCCAACACUUGGCACGUUGCCAAGAUCUCGCUGCUGAGCAGCCCUGUUAAUAUUCUAAUGGUCUUUGUGCCCGUUGGCAUCGUUGCGGGUGUAAUGCACUGGUCCCCGGCGUGGGUCUUUACGCUGAACUUCUUGGCCAUCAUUCCCCUGGCCGCCAUCCUCUCCUUUGCGACAGAGGAGAUCUCAGUCAAGCUCGGAGAGACCCUCGGAGGACUGAUCAACGCCACGUUCGGAAACGCCGUUGAGUUGAUUGUCAGCGUGAUCGCUCUCAAACAAGGGCAGAUCGAGGUGGUGCAGGCCUCGAUGCUGGGCUCGAUCCUCUCUAACCUUCUACUGGUCAUGGGCAUGUGCUUCCUCCUAGGCGGCUGGUUCAACAUGUACCAGGAGGGCACCGAUGUCGGCAAGGAGCAGGAGUUUGCAUCUGGCACCGCUCAGACGACCUGCUCGCUUUUGACUCUGGCAGCCGCCGCUAUGAUCAUUCCCGCCACGCUCUAUGGCGUUCUCAGCGAGCGCAAAGAUGACGGCAACGGCGGGUCAAACAAGGAAAGAGACGAUUCAAUCCUUCUCCUCUCACGCGGAACAUCGAUCAUCCUUUUGAUUCUUUACUGCAUGUACCUUUGGUUCCAGCUUCGUACGCAUAAGAACCUUUUCAGCGUCGAGACGCCCGAGUCCAGCGAGAUUGGCGACAUCGAGGCAAGCGAGCCGAAUGCCAUCAAGGACGAGGAGGAGGAGGAGGAGGACCACAUGACUUGGUGGGCGGCAGCCAUUGUGCUCGUCGUCGUGACGGUUGUCAUCUCGUUCUCGGCUGACUAUCUCGUCGAGUCUAUCGAGCCAAUCGUUGAGACGGGCGUCCUCUCGCGCUCCUUCAUCGGUCUGAUUCUGAUUCCUAUUGUGGGUAACGCCGCAGAGCACGUCACAGCCUGUGUCGUGGCGGUCCGCAACAAGAUGGAUCUCGCCAUGGGUGUCGCCAUCGGGUCCAGCAUCCAGAUUGCCUUGCUCGUUACCCCGUCGCUGGUCAUUACCGCCUGGGUGGCCAUGGACAACACGCCCAUGAGUCUGCGCUUCGACACUUUCCAGACGGUUGCGUUUGCGCUCUCCGUACUCGUUGUCACGUACACGGUACAGGAUGGCAAGUCCAACUAUCUUGAGGGUGCCAUGUUGCUUGGGCUUUAUAUUAUCAUCGCUUUGGCCUUUUAUGCAACCCCCAUCUGA